AUGAUCAGUUCAAUGUCGGUCUAUUCGUCGCCAUAUUAUGCGAGUACAAAACUUCCUGGAACAAAUUUUGUGUUCUCAAUGAAUAUCCCAAUCGUGCGGUCUCCUUGAACGUGUUAUGGCCAUGGCGUCUGAAUUUAAUCCAGAAGACAGAUUUUGCUGGUAUUUUGGGCCUUUAAGCCGUGAAGAAACAAAUGAUAUUCUUGAUCAUGAAAAUAUUGGUGUUUUUCUGGUCCGAGACAGCAAGUCUAUAAAAGGAGACUUUGUGUUGUGUGUCAGGGAGGACACAAAAACCAGUCAUUAUAUUAUUAACCGUAUUCAGACCAGCAAUUCAGUUCGGUUUAGAAUAGGAGAUCAAGAGUUCCCUGAUCUACCGAGCUUAUUAGAAUUUUAUAAAACACAUUAUUUAGAUACGACGUCAUUAAUCAGAACUGCUCGAAGAGAGAAGGUUAUGACGAAAUAUGACUUUGCUGGAAAGGAUGAGGAGGAUUUACCUUUUACGAAAGGAGAGAUAUUAGAAAUUAUUUCAAAAGAUGAGAGAGAAUGGUGGACAGCAAGAAAUGCUCAAGGUCAAGUGGGACAAAUUCCAGUUCCAUAUGUUGUCAAGCAUAUUGCACAAGAGGCCACAUCAGAAUCAGCCUACAGAACUCCUCGAAUAGUUUCUUCUGGUCCUAUAAAUGGAUCCAACAGUGCUCCCACCAGUCAUUUUCCAGCCAAUGUUACUUUGCCAGCAAAAGCAAUCGCUAUCCUAUCAAGGACCCCAAGUGCAUAUGACAAACGACAGCUUAAACUGCAGAUUGGUGAUAUUGUGACAGUGACGCAUAUGAAUGUAAAUGGGCAAUGGGAGGGUGAACUUAAUGGUAAGCAAGGAAUAUUCCCCUUUACUCACGUCCAGUUUCUAAAACAGGAUGAACUGUGAUAAGCAAAACGUCAGCUGAACUUCACUACAUCCAUUCACCUCAUCCUGUUUUUAACACCUCAAGAUGUGCCACACACUGACCGGUCACUGUGCAAGACAACGUUGUGCGAGACUACAGACAGAUAUGUUGUUUUCAGUUUUAGCUCACUGGACUCGAAAUGAUACGAUAGGAUGUUAUCCUGGCAUCUUACUUGAACUUCUUUUCUUCUUUUUCUUUGACAUUGAUAGUACAAGGAGAAAUAUUUAUUAAUCCAGAAAUGUAAACAUAUUUAAGAGAAGAACACUAGAAUGUAGACAGAGUAGAACUACAUUUCUUGGAGAAAAGUAUGUUGUUGAGUAGUCACAUGAAUUGUAGUAUGAGCCAUGUGUUUUAUUUCGGUAAACAGUAGUGAUUAGCAAGUGUUAAUUAAGGUACUUUAGGUUGUAUAGUAUUAAAUAUACCUACAUCUUUGUGUGUUUAAAUAACGUUACUCUGCUUGAUGAUUUAAUAAAUAAAAUAUUUUAAACCUGA